AUGUUGCAAGAUGCUAAUUGCAACAAUACGUAUGGAGUCUGUCAAAAGUUUUGUAACCAAGGUGCGAAUUUCUUCAUUUUCCUGAGGUUCCAAAGUUCAUAUGGGAAAGAAUUCAUCCAAAUAAGUUUGAGACCUCAUUUUGAUCAAUUUUUGCACGUUCAGAAUUGUAUGACGUUGUUACGAAGUUAAACACAAGCUCCAUUUUUCAGCUGAAUUUUGUCACAUUUAUUGUAAUCCUAUAUGUCGUACAAGCAAAGAGCAACGGACGAAACUCUGCUCUGAAGUUGGUGAUUGGGCCUACCAACAUAACUCGACCAAGUUCCGGAUAACCGGCGAGUACUUCAGAACCGAGAGUGGAGCUGGUAUUUGGGCUGAGGACGAACUUUGGCUGAAUGACGACCGUGGACGUAAGAGCGUCGGAACGGUCCCGAUUGCGCUUCAAGUCGUAUGGAAGUCCUUUUCUGCACGGAGCGCCCAGUAAGCAAGGCGGCGAACCUUUUUGUUUUUUUGUUUACAUGCUAACAUAAGACCAGAUGAACUACUCUCACCGAUCGUUUUCAGCGGGCUAUUUGGACUCGGAAGACAGCCAGCAGCCAACAGCAUUGUCCAUAUUCUUCAUCGACACAGGCAUAUUGAUAAUGCCAUUGUCACAGUUGCUUAUCGCGGCCCCAUUAACCAAAAUUACAUCUUUGGAGAGUUAAAUGAGGAGUACUGCGAAAAGGACAGACAAACAGUAAACGCUGUGGGCGACCUCCAUUGGAUGUUUGAUGCAAAACAGGCAGCGUUUUUGAAUUACAAGACAUCAGAGGAGAACUUUAAGAUUCUCCUGGAAAGCGACACUAUGACCCGUAUGCCCCGGAGCAUUCUGCGCUGGCUCCAGGAAACGGGAGUAAUCACCCCACAUAAUCGAAGAGGUUUUGCCAAUCCGAAUUACUUCGCGAUCAACCCAGAGCACCUGAAUGACACAUUCGAAUUCUUCUUCAAACUCAACAAGGAUCUCAUUUUAUUCUCCGAUUUAGGAUCUAUUGAUAUCUCAAAGUACUAUUCUUCGGACAUUAAUACAGCAGUAUUUAAAGCCGCUGCUAUCGACCCAAACCCGGACAGAGUGGAAUGGGUUGUUGGUAGAGUUGUGCUAAUGAAGUACUGCGCCUUCCUUGACUACAACCAAAACACGAUCGCUUUUUCACCGGUGAUACCUCCAGCUCCAUGA